GGUGGUACUCGACUAUUGCCAUAUCCUAAAAGUGGUAAAAUCGGUGAAAAGGUAGAAAAGCCCUUGUGUAUUAUACUCUUCAAUGCUAUCCUGGAAGAGACCAAAUGCAUGUUACACAAUACCAAUUGUAUUGCCAAAGAAGGUUUCUUGACAUACGACUUUCAAGAUCAGAAGAUUAUGUCUCAAGCUCCCUUAUUAUACUGCCCUUGUUGGGAUCCUUGGAAAGGAAGGACUAAAAAACUUGUAAAAACUAAAGUAGGCUCAUUGAAUCAGAAGCUCAAAAAACCAUCAUCAGGAGGGAUCCUUAAAGACCAGUCCAAAGUCCAGUUAAAUCCUUCAAAUAUUUCUAGAGUGAAAUUUUCCACCAAAACCUAUGUGCAACCAUUAAGAAGCCGAGCACCUCAAGACAUAUCCAAAGUGUUUGAAGAAGAGAUCACGCCUGGUUUUACCUUGUCUCACAGUAAGGAACAUAUUGAUGUCACCCUGGGCGAAGAAUUCUUUGAGAAACAAAAGCCUACAGAAGAAACCAUCAAAACUACUGUGCCCGGCACUCCACCUAAGCUUGAAACGGAAGAUGUUGUUGCUGACUUAGUGGAACAGAUUUCUGAACUGACAGCUAUUAUAGAGCAAUUGCGCCGAGAUCAUCAAGUAACACAUAAACAGCUAGAGAAAGAUAUGGAAGAAAAAUGCACUGACAUGCAAGAGGAACAUGACAAUAAAAUGAGGGAGAUUCAAGGAUUUCACAUACUAGAAGUGAAUAACCUGGAAGAGCAGUAUAAGAAAGAGUUGCGGAAUGAGAGGGCAACUGCACAAGAAAAAUUGGGUAUGAUGCAUAAAUAUCUAUUCAUCUCAUACCUACAUGUGUCGUGGAACUUCA